AGGUCGCAGCCUUUGUAGCCCAAGCACCAGGAGGACUUUGAGCAGUCGCCAUGCUGCGGGUUGUGCUUUCUUCCUUGGUGCUGGCCGGAGCCGAAGCAGAAUGCUUGGAGAAAGGCAUUGCCUAUGCCAACGGCGACAUGGCGCAGCCCAACGGCGCAUAUCUUCCAAGCGCGGCCAUGUGCCAGCAGAGCUGUGAGGCCAACAGCCUCUGCCAGAAGUUCACCUUCAAGCCCAAGUCCAGUCCACCAGGCGCGUGCUUUUUGGUCUACUCGGGCGACAUCAAGCAGACAGCAGACUCCACAGCCAUCAGCGGGACCCGGUCCUGCCAGGUCAGCGCGAGCAUUACGGCGGACCCCCUCUUGCCGCCAAUUGUCGGCCAGCCAGGUGUUGCAAGCGCGCCAGCCACGAUCACGGAUCAGAUGGCUGGCGCUGUAACCGACACGGAGAACCAACUACGGGGUGCUGUGGCCAGUGCUAGCGACUCGGCCAGCGCACAAGCCCAGCAGCUCACCGACACCCUAGCGGAUGCUACUGCGAAGGACGACGCCACUGCCAUCUCUCGCGCCUGGACCCACACCUUCGACGCCUACGCCAAGGCCAGCCCAAAGCCAACACCAGACGUGGCACUGGCAGACCAACCAGCAGGCGAUACCAGCCUUUCCAUGUCUUGGAGCCAAACCUUCGGCAAGAUGCUGGACAGCAAAGGGGCCGCCGCGGUGGCGACCUUGCACGGCACCAUUGCCAGCGCUUGCCUCAAGCCGAAGGUGGCCUACAAGAACGCGGCACUGCCCUCCCCACCCACAUGGACGCCCAGCGCGGCGGAGUGCAAGAAGAGCUGCGAGGCUUCGGCGACCUGCGAGGUCUUCACCUGGAAGGAGGACACGGUGCCCACCGGUGGCUGCUGGCUGAUGAAGGCAGCAGAUGUCACCGAGGUGGCAGAUCCAAAAGCCUCCAGCGGAAAGAAGGGGUGCGCUGCGAUUGCGGCGAAGGAGUUUCAGGAAGACCUGGGGGCAGGCCCCGUAGCGGCGGCGGCCCCGUCGGGGGACAACAGCAUGGUUUGGGCGCUGCUGGGCGGCGGCGCUGCCGCGGCCCUGGCUGGGGGCAUGGUUGUAGUCAGCGAGGGCAAGGCGAAAAAGACGAAGAAGACCCGCAAGGCUGAGGUGGCGGGGCCAGCUCCCGUCAGCUCUAGCGCCGGCGUCAGCGCGCCCGGCGUCAGCGGCCCGCUGCUGGCUGAGCCGCAGCUGGCGCCGGCCGGGGUGCUCCAGCACUACUCGCCGGAGUUGCAGCCGCAGCCCCAGUACUACCCUGCCACGUAUCAGGUGACGCCUGCCGUGCCUGCCAUGCCGGUCAUGCCCGCCAUGCCUGCCAUGCCCACCUACACCUAUCAGCCUACCUACACCUAUCAGCCAGUGUGAGGCCCAUCUCUGUUGACGAGAUCGGCUCAGCAUUCCGCAGUUCAGCGAAUGGAGCUCUUGGCUUCUUUUCGAUUCCCCGUGCUGUUUUGUUUAGUUGGGUUAGGGCAAUCAGGUCUGGCAACCCGCUUCAGGGUCAUGCCAGCGAUGUGCCCCAUCGGCUUUGCACGGUAGGUA